AUGGUUCGAAAGCUUGUCCUUCACUUAACCCUAUUAACUUCUCUCGCUUUUGGCGUGGAAGUAGAUAUCAAAAAUGAUAAAUGUCUGCAAUGUCAAUUUUUAGUGGAUACUUUUCAAGCGGGUUUAUUGAAAACAAGUAGACAUCAUUUCGCUGGAGGUGAUACAGCAUGGGAGGAGAAAAAUUUAGGAAAGUAUUCGACUAGUGAAACUAGGCUCAUAGAAAUAAUGGAAGGAAUAUGUAAGAAGAGAAGUUUGAGUAACACUGAUAAGUAUAAUGGAAUUACUGAUCUAGAGUUUAAGUGCUCUGCUUUACUGGAAGACAAUGAAGAAACUGUAGAAAGCUAUUAUUAUAAUCAUCAAGACUUCAAUAUGUCGGGAUGGUUGUGUGUAGAACAAUUGAAAAUUUGUUGUCCUGAUGGACAUUUUGGUACUGAGUGUACAAAAUGCCCAGGUCUUGAAGUAGGAGCCUUUGCUUGUUUCGGACAUGGCAAAUGCCAUGGUGACGGAAGUAGAAAAGGAGCAGGCAAAUGUAAAUGCGAUGCUGGAUACGUUGGGCAUAUGUGUAGACAUUGUGAUGCAGAUUACUACGAGGAAGUGAAAACUGAAGCUUCUGUUAAAUGCACAAAAUGUUUUGAUGGGUGUUCAGGUGGUUGUGGCGGUCCGAACCCAAAAGAUUGUAACCGAUGUCGUACAGGAUAUACACAGGAUCCAGAGAGCGGAUGCAUAGACGUGAAUGAAUGCUUAUCUGAGACAUCACCUUGUAAAGGAGAGAACGAGGAAUGUUCCAAUAAUAUCGGAUCCUUUACUUGCAGCUGUAAGGAAGGGUAUAAGAGAAACUCUGAAACCAAUGUUUGCGAACUCGACAUAGAAGCUUCUCCUGCGUCCGCAUUUAUACGCCCCGAUCUCCUAUUGCGUGUUAUAUCUAUGACGUCAUUAGCUGCGAUCAUCACUUUAGUAAUUUGGCGAAAAUCAGUGUUGCUUAUGGUUUUGACGACGAUAGCUGUGAUCUUAAUAUGCAUUAUCGAAGUAACUGUCAAUCCAAAGAGUAUUCCUGAUGAAGCGAGUCAACUACUGGGACUCUGA